UUUCGCUUUACCACUUCCGGGUACCUCUACUCGGUAAACAAAUAGAGAAAUAAUAUGGUAUAUUGUUUUGCCAUCGGUUGCACACACAAGACCGGUAAAAAGUUGCAGUGCAAUUUAUACCGAUAUCCGACCGACGUCAGGGAAAGGAAACGAUGGGUUGAACGAUGUAGGAGAGCAGACAGAGAUUAUAAUCCAAAUGACAGGAUUUGCAGCUGCCAUUUUCUCGAUGGCAAGAAAGAGAAUGGACCAACUAUAUUCAGUUAUAGUAAAAACUUUGGAUGUUUUCCAGAUGUAGCCAUACCAAAAAGACGCAAAAUUAUGAAACCUGCUGUAGAGGAAAUAUCUGCUUCAAACAUAGAUGUGGGAGCUGAGGCUGAAGUUGAGGCCAAUUCCAAUAUUACUGUACUAGACAGCAUAACUGUACUUCAUGAUCACGAGUAUGCAACUUCAAGUCCUCAACAUAAUAAAGCAUCCCUUAAACAUAUGGAAGAGGAAUUAGUAAAGUUGCAGCAAGAAAUUAACAUGCUCAAGCUUAAAAAACCGUCCAUGACAAUUGGGAACAUAAUUAAUGACCCUGAAAAGAUGCUGCUGUAUACAUCAUUUUCUGCAGGUACCUUUUACAUUUUGGAGAACCUCGUGGAGAGAAUGGGCCCGUUCAAUUAUUAUGGUGGUUGGACUGUGGUGAACUUCAGUGUCAGCGAUCAGUUGUUGAUGACAUUAAUGAAGUUACGACUCAACUGCAGGGACCUUGAUUUAGCAGAGAGGUUCAACACUAGUCGUGCUACUGUGUCCAAUAUUAUCAACACAUUUGUGCAUGCCCUGUAUGAAAUUUUGUUUGAAGGGGUCAUGAAAGCUGUCGGAAUACCAAGUCAACUGAAAUGCCAAGGAUCCAUGCCAAAGUCAUUUGAAGAAUUUUCAUCGGCUAGAAUUGCAAUGGACGCCACAGAAGUGACACAAGACAUCCCAACAGAUAUGAAUAGCCAGUCACUGGCAUACAGUAACUACAAGAGUCGCCACACAGUAAAGGCUUUAACUUGUGUUGCACCUAAUGCUGCUCUUGUGUUCUGUUCCAAUCUUUAUCCUGGAUCAACCUCAGACUCCGCAAUAGUGGACCAUUGUGGCAUAUUAGGGAAGCUGCAAGCUGGUGAUAUGAUCCUGGCUGACAAAGGAUUCAACAUUUUUGACAAACUUCCAAAUGGUGUCACCCUAAAUAUCCCGCCUUUCCUCACUAGCAAAUCACAUUUCACCAAGGAAGAAGCUCAACUGUGCUAUAAAAUAGGCAGAAGCAGAAUCCACGUGGAGCGGGCAAAUGAGAGAAUAAAGAACUUUGAAAUUCUGAGCCAUGUUCCGUCACAGUAUAGACACCUAUCCACUAAAAUAUUUCAACUUUGUGUGGCCCUUGGCAGGAUGCCUGCCACGUCGAGUGGCGGCCAUGAGGGCGGAUCACAAAACAACCCAAACAAGGUAAAUAGAAACUACCGCCGUGAAAACACAGUAACUGUUGAUGUAUUAGAUAAUGGGCAGAUUAAACCUGAUAAUAUCAUCAAAUGUAAACAACAAGGACACUACGCUAGAACAUGUACGGUGAAAAAGUGUUACGAUUGUCUUGAAUGGGGAGACGAGUGUUCGUGCGGGUCUAGUGAACACGAUUCAGGAGAUGACAGCCCUGUUGAAGAGGUGAAUAAGGAGAACGGCGCACAGCUUGACGAGGCACAAGAGAGGGAAUCAGAACCAGAAAUGAAAGUAAACGAAACACCGGAAAAUCCAACCGAAGAUGAUAUCGGGAAAACGCACGAUGAACAAAAGAAAGUUGAACCCGAAAUUGAUUCACAUGUGAAAGAAAAUAGUGGAAAAAUCAGUGAACCCGUUGAUAGUGCCGAUAGCCAUAGGGAUCAAAAUAACGCGGAAGGAAACGAGGUCGUACGAGAACAUUCAGAAAGUUCCGAGUCCUCAGAACAGGACGACGAAAUCAUUAUCAAAGGAAAAACAAAGAGAAAGAAGAAAGUGAAGAAAGGAAAGGCCAAAAAGAAUAGAUAA